UCUGUAAAUUUUCACAGUAGGGAACUACUAUGGCGAUGAGUAAUGUCAUUGCCAUUGAUUGCCAUGACGCAUAGUUGUCAGUGACGUUUAGUUGACUGUGGUUUUGACGAGUUUUUUGUAAAUAGUGGACUAGUAGCGUAUCACCAGCUUCUUUCGUCACGAGGAUUGUCAAAGGAACUCACUGUACUGAAGCCAGUAUAGUGCUCGAAUAACGUCUUUCUUUAUAGACUUACUUGUUUCUUGAUUAAGCAGCCACAACGGGGGCCGAACAGUCAGCCAUGUCCGUCUCUCAGAUGGAAAAGAAUUUAUUCAAUUUAAAGUUUGCUGUGAAAGAGUUAGAGCGAAAUUCAAAGAAAUGCGAGAAGGAGGAGAAGAUAGAAAAGGCCAAGGUGAAGAAGGCCAUUCAGAAAGGAAAUAUGGAAGGGGCUCGAAUUCAUGCCGAAAAUGCUAUAAGGCAGAAGAACCAAGCAUUAAAUUAUCUUAGAAUGAGUGCCAGAGUCGAUGCUGUAGCCAGUAGAGUUCAAACUGCUCUAACUACUAGAAAGGUUACGCAAUCUAUGGCUGGUGUUGUGAAAGCUAUGGAUGCUGCAAUGAAAUCUAUGAAUUUAGAAAAGAUUUCUGGUCUCAUGGAUAAGUUUGAGAGCCAGUUUGAAGAUUUGGAUGUUCAGAGCUCGUACAUGGAGAACGCUAUGUCUCAGACAACAACGACUAAUGUGCCACAGAAUGAUGUGGAUAAUUUGAUGCAACAAGUGGCUGACGAAGCUGGAUUAGAAUUAAAUAUGGAACUACCUUCUGGACAAAUGGGCAGCAUUGGUACAUCCACUGCUGUUAGUCAAGAACAGGACGAGCUAACGCAGCGACUGGCGCGUCUGCGAGAGUAACAUUAUAUUAAAAAUAUAGUAAUUACUAAAUUACAUACAUGUACUAUAAUUUUGUAUACAUACAAUUUAUGAAGAAUCACUUGCAAAAAAUUUAUGCACAAUAUUUGGCAUAAAGUUAUAGCUUGUUAACAUUCUAUUAAGACAAUUGCUUUCAGUACUAACAUAACAACUAUCUAAGGGAAACAAGAAUAAGGAAUUUAAUUAAUAUCCAAAGAAUGUUUGAUAAGGAGCUUCUGCUCUAUAAAGAAUUUGAAAACUAUAAUAUAGUAAUAUAUAAUUAAAUAUGCUGAUGCUUCUUUAAAAGAACAGUGAAUUAAGUCGAAAAGAUAGUUACAAAAUUACUUGAAGAAAAUUAAAUGCUCCACAUUGUUACAAAUAUCUAUGGUACAUUAACUUUUUAUAAAUAAGUGAUACGAUAUAUUAUUUUGCAUCAUUAUAUUCUAAAGAUCGAAGCAACUUUCCAAUUUUACCGGAAAAUAAUAUUUCAAAGCUAUCAAAUGCGUAAUGCUUAUAAUUAAACUUAUUUUUUAAUUAUUCUUUUACUGUCCAAUUGAUUUUGUCGAAUUAAUUGUUUGUAGCAAUGAACACAUGUAAAUAGAUAUUUGUAUAAACAUAAA